CAAUCAUCCAACACCGGCAGUUAAUCUGCAGAUCUAGAAGAAAUAGGAGCUGAAUAAGCCGGAGACUUGCUUGAUAUUUUAGGAGAAGAUUUCACAAUAUACAGAACAAUCACAAGAUGUCUGAGAUUGAGGUUUUUAACGAUUCGAUCCAGUUCGUGUGUGAGCUGUGUUCGCUCAGGUAUUCCACGUUCGAGAUCUUGAUGACGCAUAACCGGAUCAAACACUACCACUCGAUACGGUUUCGUUGUGGACUUUGCAACGAGGCUUUCAUGAAUGAGGACGACCUGCACUGCCAUUUUAUCCUGACUCAUCGAAUGGACCCGUACAACUUGGAGGGCAGUCAGAUCAUGCAUUAUAAAAAGUCUUUCAACGAAAUGGUCCUUACGGAUGACGAACGCAAACGGAUCAUGUCCCGGUGUGAUAGCCAAGGGGAUUACGAUGACGAAGAUCUGGACGAGGGUAUGACGUUCCGGUGUGCCGACGAUUCCGAUUCAAACGAUGAUGAAAUUGAGCUGAACUACAACGAACUGUUCAAAAAGCGAAAGCAAAGUGCAAUGACGCAGGAAGAGAUCAUGGAACUGGCGGACGUGUUCAAAAAACCUGCCGAGGCCAUGUGCAUUUCAAAGCUACAUUUCUGAUGGCAAGUGCUGGCUGCCGUGUCGGAAGGAGACCCAUCAAAUGAAGCAGGUGCUAAUCAUCCCGAGCUAAUUCGGUUUGCUGAUUUUGAAACACGCGUGAAAGAGUGCUGCGCGCUCUAUUUCUGUGUUUUGUUGUAGAAUAUCAUAUGAUGCGUAUUUUUUUAAGGCUGACGUCAAUCCUCCGAGCUUAAGUGUUAAUUUAAUCAAUAAACAUGUUGAAAUGGUUUUUCAUAUUGAAAAAUGAAAAGAAUCGAAAACGUAGGUGUUGUGUUACUUUCUGAUCGAGAAAACAUCAUUACGUGCUAUGAAGAUGAACUUUUUUACCACUUUGUGCAAAUACAUGACCAAAUAUUUGAUCACUAAG